CACAACAGCUGCCCCAACAACAACUACAGCUGCCCCAACAACAACCACAACAACUGCCCCAACAACAACAACCACAACAGCUGCCCCAACAACAACAACCACAACAGCUGCCCCAACAACAACAACCACAACUGCUGCACCAACAACUACAACUGCAACCCCAACAACAACCACAACAACUGCAGCCCCAACAACAACAACCACAACAGCUGCUCCAACAACAACUACAACAACUGCCCCCACAACAACAACUACAGCUGCCCCAACAACAACAACCACAACAGCUGCCCCAACAACAACUACAGCUGCCCCAACAACAACAACCACAACAGCUGCCCCAACAACAACUACAGCUGCCCCAACAACAACCACAACAGCUGCCCCAACAACAACUACAGCUGCCCCAACAACAACCGCAACAACCACAACAGCUGCCCCAACAACAACUACAGCUGCCCCAACAACAACCGCAACAACAACAACUACAGCUGCCCAAACAACAACCACAACAACUGCCCCAACAACGACCACAACAACUGCCCCCACAACAACAACCACAACAGCUGCCCCAACAACAACUACAGCUGCCCCAACAACAACCACAACAGCUGCCCCAACAACAACUACAGCUGCCCCAACAACAACCGCAACAACCACAACAGCUGCCCCAACAACAACUACAACUGCCCCCACAACAACAACUACAGCUGCCCCCACAACAACAACCACAACAGCUGCCCCAACAACUACAGCUGCCCCAACAACAACAACCACAACAGCUGCCCCAACAACAACUACAGCUGCCUCAACAACAACCACAACAGCUGCCCCAACAACAACUACAGCUGCCCCAACAACAACCGCAACAACCACAACAGCUGCCCCAACAACAACUACAAUAACUGCCCCCACAACAACAAC